UGCUUUGGAUUUUGGUCCCUUGAGGGAUUGAGUUUGUUGUAGAUGAUCCAGAAUCCUUUUAUACUAAAUUGAGAUAUUCAGAAGAUAACAACCCAUCAUUUUUAAUACCAAAGAAAACUUUCAAAACACUUAAAUGGGUGGUGUGUGGUCUGAUAUCUGAUCAUCACCUUAUUUAGAAAUGUUGUUGUUGAUGUGUUGUUGAGUUGAGGGAGGGGUCUUGAUGUGAAGAAGCCCUUAUAAGCAGGUCCACUUCCCCAGGACUCCAGGUUCAGGCUGGGACAGAAGAAGAAGAUCCUCUGUGUCUAGGUUUGAAUGAAUGACUUUAGUCAUGUGAUCAGAUGAGAACUGUUCUGACUUUAAAUGUCCGUCUCUGUAUCCAGUGGAAACCAUCGUCUCCAUCAUGGGAAUGCUGGCCGUGUGUGUGCUGGUCUGUGCUGUGAUGGUUCAGAUCAAAGCUGCUGCUGUCCCGCAUGUGAAAUCAAAAAGAAUGGAAGCGACAAAGGGUCUGGAGAAGCAUAGAGGACAUUGUGGUAGAGACUGGACAUUGAUCAACAAUCGCUGUUUCCGCUACAUGCCUGCACCCAAGAGUUGGGCUCAAGCUGAGAGAAGCUGCAUAUCCAUGGGAGCAACCCUUGCAUCUGUUCACAGCAUCGAAGAGUACCAUGAGAUUCAAAGUGUGACUGACACUUAUGGGUAUAAGCAAACCUGGAUUGGAGGCUCUGAUGCCCAGGAGGAGAGAGUUUGGCUGUGGACUGAUGCCAGCGCUUUCGGUUACACCAACUGGUGUCCCGGAGAGCCCAAUGAUCUCGGGGGCAGUCAGCACUGCCUGCAAAUGAAUUUCUCACCUGAAAAAUGCUGGGACGAUGCUGUAUGUAGUGAUCUUCUACCCUACAUCUGUGCCAGGAAAAUGUGAAGGCAGCCGUCACAAAGGCCUGAUGGAGAAUUCCACAGCUUGAGUUGAAGCCUCUCAUUUCUUGAAAGUUUCUCUUUAGUUUCUAGAAUGCAGCCAAGGCUGGAUGCUCCAUCAUGUCUGAUGAUACUACUGAAAGAGUUGAUGGAAAGAUGCUGAAAGCUAAACUUCACUUGCAUAUCUGUUCUGCUUUUCUGUACUUUCAUCCAAUAAACAUUUGAAGAAUGAA